AUGGCCGAACGCAAGGCCCUCGUGCACUACUUCCCGCCGGACUUCGACCCGGCCAAGAUCCCGCGGCGCAAGCUCGGCGCCGACCGGCAGAUCGAGGUGCGCCUCAUGGCGCCGUUCAGCAUGCGCUGCAACACGUGUGGCGAGUACAUCUACAAGGGCAAGAAGUUCAACGCGCGCAAGGAGACGGUGCAGGGCGAGACGUACUACGGCAUCAAGAUCUUCCGCUUCUACAUCAAGUGCACGCAGUGCUCGGCAGAGAUCACCUUCCGCACCGACCCGCAGAACACGGACUACAAGGCCGAGCACGGCGCCUCGCGCAACUUUGAGCCAUGGCGCGACACGUCCAAGGACGAGGACGACCCGGACCGCGACCCACUGGCGCACCUCAUCUCCGACGAGGAGGACGAGGCGGGCGACACAAUGGCUGCGCUGGAGCAGCGCACGCUCGACUCGAAGCGCGAGAUGGAGAUCAUGGACGCGCUGCAGGACAUCCGCACGCGCAACGCCCGCAACGAGCGCGUUGAUGCAGACGCGGUGCUGGACUCGCUUCACAAGGGCAAGAGCCGCAUCAACCUCGAGGAGGAGGAGGAGCGGCGUGCGCGCGAGGAGGACGAGCUGCUCGUGCGCAAGUACUUCAGCCGCGACCUCGCCGCAGACGAUGAGCCGAGUGGCAGCGGCAGCCUGGCCGGGCCCUCGUCCGCCUCUGGAUCCGGCUCUGCUCCCGACGGCGAAGGCUCGCCGCACACGCCCGAUGAGGCAACGCUAGCGCCAGCCUCCGCUGCGCCGAUCAUCAAGCGCGCGCGGGGAGCAGACGACGAGGACGAGGCGGAGCCAGAGGUGGCCGCGCUGCUGUCCGAGGGCAUGCGGGCGCAGCUGGCGAGCGCACGCGCAGGUCUAGCAGCGGGCAAGCCGUUCGGCAGCGGCGCCAGCAAGGCGGCGGCGACGAACAAGCUCGGCGUUGCGCCGCCGGCCAAACGCAAGAAGGGCGUGUCGGCAUUCGGCAUCGUCAAGAAGAAGGCGUAGCAGACGCGCGGCGCGCGGAGCAAGUCAUCGUUAGGAUUGGGGUAUCGCGAAGCGGAGUGGGCGUAGACAGAUGUGACGUGGCAAGGGGGACUCAUGUAGGCGGCAUCGCGGCGCCUUGUACAACAGAACAAUAUUCUCAGCGCGACCAGGC